UGCCGCCACUCACCGCUCACGGAAUCCCAAUCCAAUAGAACAAGGAGAAAACCGUAAAUAUAGAUAAAAUAAAGGACCAAAGAGUAAAUACAUAAACCGCGUCAAGGUCGGUCACCUCCUCGCCUAUAUAUACCCCCUACAGCCCAUUAAAUCAUUGUUAAUUUUUCCUUCAGCGAUUCCAGAUCGAAAAAUUUCUCUCUCUUCGUCGCUGAAACCCUAACCCUAAGUCCGCCGCGAGAGAGAUCUGAGAUUCUCUUUCAUCUAGAUCCGUCACCCCCCACCGUAUUUCUUUUCUGGAAAUUUGUAACCCACAAUCGUAAAGGGUUCAUAGCGAAUUACUGGGCAUUUUUUUGAAUUUGUUUUCGGGAAAAAUCUUCGAUUCGAUCUUGAAGAUAUGUCUCGGUGCUUUCCGUACCCGCCACCUGGGUAUACUCUGAGCGGCGACGGGAAAGAGGCCUUGAUCGAAUCGAUUAAGAUCCAAAAGGAUAAGGUGAAAUCCGAGGAACGGAAGAAAGACAGGAAAAGGGAGAAGAAAGAGAAAAAGAAAGAGAAGAAACAAAAAUCGACUCACAAGGACAAUGAAAAGAAUCACGAAAAGUCCCUCAAUGUUGCCCACGGUCACAUUGACAAAAAAUCUCGGGCAGCAGCAGCUGAUGUAAAAGGUCAGUCUCUCCUCCAAAAGGUCAGCAAAGCCGAAGCUGACCAAUUGGAGAGAAGCAGUCUGACCGAAGAGCGUGGUAAGCCUGUGGUGCUUCCCAGCACUUCAGCAGACAGCACCGAGAAUAGCAACAAGAGGAAGAGGCAAUCUUCUCCGUUGGAUUGUGCACGUGCUCCUGGUAAAAUUAUCCGGAUCAAACUGUCUUCCAAGAAUCAGAACCCGUCUCCUAUUGAUGCUUCAGUCAAUGAACAACAACAGACGCAGACGUGUUCUACCUCCGGAAGGCCAAGUUUUCCUUCCUUUAAUAAAGAUGAGGUUGUUUUCAGACAAAGGACUGAGGAUUUAUCAUCUUGCACAUUAAAAGCUCAAAUCCCUGUGAUUGGUAGAGAUCCGAUUUGCUCAAGUUCACAGCAAAUUGAGCAUGUUCCCGUGCAGAAAAUGCCAGUACCUUCGGUUACGACUCCAAUGCAGAGAAGUGCAUUAGUGACUGGUAAAGAUAUUUGUUCGAUUCCAAAGCCAAUUGAGCCUGUGCAGAAAACGCCAGCUCCACAUCUCUCUAGGGUGCAGAGAAAUGCAUUACGGUAUAAAAAUCUAACGGAGAUGUGGGCCCCACCUCAGUUGGAGUUUGCAUUGCCCGAAGAUACAGACGAUGUGGAUUGGCUGUUUAAGGGCAAGAAGAAUCAAGAAGGCAUCUCUUCGGAGAAGAGAUGUUGUAGUACAUCUGUAAACGAUGCCAAAUCAUGCUCGAGCAGCUCGAUAAUGUGGCCUCCUCGUGCACAGUACUUGCAAGAAGUCGAUAUUUACGCGUUGCCUUAUACUAUUCCCUUUUAGAGGAACUAAUGGAGCAGAGUGAUGCUACUAUCUUGGUGCUUGCUGCUGCCGCCGCCUAGGGAUUUUUGUAGGUUUUUUUUUUGUCCUUGGGUUGAGGGAGUAAGGAUUAGGAAUACAAUACUGUUUUGUUAGUGUAGUCUGAUAUAAUUGUGAUUGUAAGUACGAUUUCAUGUUCUAUAAACGAAUUCCUAUUGAUGAUUAUGUUUUAUUUGUAGCCUU